AUGGUUGAUAAUCCGGAAUUUGCCUUCAAAUGUUGGCCAGACCAUGUGUUAACCGAAGACAUGUGCCCUCCAGAAGCAUUCUUCUCAGCGCAGCAACAACAUCACCAUCACCAUCUUUUCGACACAGGCCUUCAUCAUGCUGCCCGGAUACAUGUGCAGCACAACCAACAGCAUGAAGACAGGCUCGGCAUGUCAGCCCCUACCUUUUCCUCAGAAGGCGCCAACAGCGUCUUCUUCCAGAUGCCGGCGCAGCAGAUGGCCAAUGUAAUGCCACCGUCCUCAUCAGCGUCAACACCAACCCCCCACCACUACCGCCAGGAUUCUCCCACCAGCACACACAGCGGAGGCUCUCAUUCAAAGCACCGCAGCGCAACUCGAUCAACAGACGGCGAUGAAAUUGAAGCCGACGAGGCGCAAGCCGCCAUCAAACGACAGCGCAACACGAUGGCGGCACGGAAAUACCGCCAGAAACGCCUUGACCGGAUAGCCGAUUUGGAGCGGGCAUUGAGCGACAUGACUGGGGAGCGUGACGAACUCAAGAUUAAGCUGGCCAGGCGAGAAGCCGAAGUUGAAGCUCUAAGAGAGGUUCUGGGGAGGAAGUGA